AUGAGCCUUGUUCGAGUUUUGAGCGCCCUGGGCGACAGCUCAGAUGGGGGCCAUACCCUCCUACCGCGCUUGGCCUAUACAAACGGUGGUACGCCUAUGGCGGACAUUGACCCCCUUCCCAGUGCUCAACGGAAAGGUUUGAUUGCAGUUUCGGUCAUGGCCAUCCUCUCCUUCAUCGCCACUCUCUUUCUCCUCUUAUUCAUCACCUAUCGAUUCAUUUUCUGGCGCUCUAACUAUGCACGAUACAUUGGUUACAAUCAAUAUGUCGUGUUGAUUUACAACCUGGUUCUAGCCGAUUUUCAACAAUCCAUUGCGUUUCUCUUAUGUAUCAAAUGGAUUGCAGAGGAUAAAAUCGAAGCAUCCUCGGCAGCGUGCUUUCUGCAAGGAUUCUGGCUACAGGUCGGAGACCCAUCCAGUGGACUUUUCGUGCUGGCCAUCGCGUUUCACACCUUUCUUCUGGUCACCAUGGGGCAUAAACUGAGCCACCGGGUUUUUGUCUCAGGAGUAGUUGGCCUUUGGUUGUUUGUCGCUUUGCUCGUGGUUAUUCCUCUUGCCGCCCACGGACGAAACGUGUUUGUCCCGUCUGGCGCCUGGUGCUGGAUCAGCGAAGAUUACGAACCCUUGCGUUUGUGGACACACUACAUUUGGAUUUUCUUGGCCGAGUUUGGCACUGUAUGCCUCUACGCUGUAAUGUGGUUUCAGCUGCGUCGGCAGAUAAAACAGUCGACUAUCCUGGGGAGCAGUCAUACGGAAAGUCUGAAGCGCCUCCGCCGUGUCAUUGGGUACAUGGUUAUUUACCCGAUUGCAUAUAUUGUGCUUUCUCUUCCACUGGCCGCAGGAAGAAUGGCAACUGCCCAAGGCCAAACGCCUAACGUAGCUUACUUUUGCGUUGCCGGUGCUUUAAUUACGAGCUCUGGCGUGGUUGACGUCCUUCUGUAUACGCUCACCAGACGAAACCUCAUCCUGGAGUCGGAGCCGAGCCAGGAUCGCAGCUAUAACCGCUUCAUGAGCAGCAAGAACCGGAAAACAGAUCACUUAACAACCAUCACAGCGGAACCAAAAAACCGAACCGAUAUCACUGCUCUGCGCACAAUGAAGCACCGGAAUGACGAAGAAGACCUGGAACAUACUGUCCGGGAUGGAUCCACGGACAACAUUGUGCAAUCCGGAGUCGAGUUGACACCCAUGGGGAAAGUGUAUCAGCAUACUACGAUCGAGAUCACCCAUGAACCUGCCUUCCCAUCCGAAGGCGAAUCCAGUAACCGUUCCAGUGGGGACUCGGACAAGCGGGCUGCUCAAUCAUCCAGGAUGUGGGGGAAUAGGCGAUAG